UGGGCUGCAGUAUAAAGGCUGCUGCUGUCAGGCUCUCUGAAUACAUCCAUGGUCAGACUGAACUUAGAUCAUUAUCUUCAUUAUCUUCAUUAUCUUCAUUAUCUGAAUGAAUGAUGUUGGCUGCAGAGAGUCUGCAGGAGGUUUUUACCAACAGCUCUGAGAGAAACACUACCGGAGCAACGGACUGGACUCAGGUGUAUGAAGCAGUCAUGUGGAUCCAGCUCGUCAUGGCUCUGCUCAGUGUUCUGGGUUCAGGCUCCAUCAUCGUCUGUGUGAUGUUACAGAGACUCAGCCGGACGCCGGAGCUGCAGCCUCUGUUCCUGCUCAGUGUGUCCGACCUGCUGCUGGCUCUCUGCUGGCUGAUUGGAGCUGUUUUGUUCUCUCAACACUACAACCGCCACUACACACACUGCUACCACCUGCACACUGUGGAGCAGACUCUCUACAUGAGCUCCUUCUGCUGCACCCUCAACUACAUACUGAACCUCUACACAGCCAUCAGAGGCCACUUCUACAACUGCACCAACAGACACCAGCUACAGUUUUCCAGCAGAGUGACGACCGCCAGCAAAGUCUCUGCUCUGCUCUCAGGUCUGUUUCCUGUGCUGCUGAUGACACCUGUGUUUAUACAAGGAAACAUCAGCCAAUGUCAGGCCAACUUCAGCGAGCCCUACAGGUGUCUGCUAAUGCACACCGGAGCACUGUUUCUGACCUCAGAGCACCAGCAGCCAAUCAGAGCCUGCAGCCUGCUGCACACCUACCGCAUCACCGUCUUCCUUGCCACCUUCCUCCUCACGCUCCUCAGCAUCAUAGUGCUCGUGGUAAAAGCCUGUCGUAUUUACAGGCGUGUCGUCACGUCAAAUGGUUACCUGGGCAACCAGCAGCGGGCCUCCUUCCGUGUGAUGGACCGGCGGAUGCUCCUGUACCCGCUGAUCUUCGUCCUCUGUUGGGGUCCAGCGGUGGGUCUGACGUUUCUUCGGGUGGUGAAGGCGUCAGCAGCUCAGGGCGAGGUGGGCGUCGCCCUCUACAUCUCUCAGGCUUUCACCUCAGCAUCUCAGGGUUUCCUCAACUGUCUAGUCUACGGAUGGACUCAUGCACGUCUCCGCCGAGCCGGCAGGAAGGUUUUGUCUCGAGACGUGGACACUCAGACACCGCUGAUGAGGUCCCAGAAGAAGAGAAACUACCAAACACUCCGCACCGGCUGAAAGAGACAAUCUGCAAGUGAAAGUGAGCAGGGAAAGUCUGAACUUUCACUUUCACUGAGAGGGAAAACACCGCGGCGGCGUCUCUGAAGAGGACGACGACAUCCAUCUCUGGUCCUGAACCACUGAGGCCAGAAAAAGGGAAGGAGGAGGGGAGUUUACAACAAGAGAAAACACGACAAAGAAAACAGGAUCUGAAAGAGAUGAGACUGAAAUCACUCACAGGUGGUUAUCCAGGUCCCAUGACCCCUCUGAGUCGACCGAUCAUUUAACAGCUUUGACAUUAAAGGAAUUCAACUCUUUCAGAACUUUAAGGAGUUUAAACUAAAGAAGCAGGUUUACUAAUUUAUGGGAUAACUGAAGCAUCAUGGGGCUUUUUAAGGAAUAUCUUUAUCAAUAAUGCUUAAAAACUCAGUGCUUCUGUUUCAUCGUGUUGGCCUAAGCUCUGCAGAGAGACGUCUUCAGAAAUCACUCACCUGAAGAAGAAAGAUGUUCUGCACUCUGAUCGGUUGAAGCUCUGCCGUUAUGUUGCUGAAUGCACUCAACGCUUACGUUCUGCAUUUUGUCAAAUUAUAAUUAAAAUAUCGACAGUUAUGAAAAUGCUUUUCGUGACUGAUUUCAGUAUUAAUUAAAUUUAAUUAAAGCGCCAAAAUCUCCAGAUACAACGAGUCGUUGUGCUGCGUUGCUGCUGAUCAACCGUGCAGAAACAAAGCGAGGCCGUCACAGCACAUGACCACAUGACAAGCGCUUCAUUCACAGAAAUGCCGCCUGACGCAGCAGCCUGACCUCACUCAUUAUGUGAUCCCCCCCUCCCACUCGCUGUGGGCGUUUCACCAGAAGAAAAACAAUGAACAUCCUCUUUGAUCAGACCUCAACUCAUCUGAAAUACUGAAGUUCAUAAUGUCACUGCAGGAAGACGUCACUGCACAUCAAUCACAACUGAAAUCAGUGAAAUGUCAACUUUCUGAACGUGAUAUUAAAUUAUUUGCAUAGAAGAAACAAAACAAGUAGAAGAGAUCACCAUCAGAUAGAAAUCCACUGUAGAAGAUACAAAACAUCCAAUGAUACUAAUGAAAGGUUUGACUCAAGGAUGAUGUACUUUCCUCAAUAUAUUUCAACUGUACAUUUAUUAUCAUGUUGGAUGUAAAGCUACUUUCUUUAUUUCAUAUUGUACGUCUUUCAUAUAAAACAGAUGAAGCAACUCCUACUGCUGCAGGUUGUGUUGGUGCUGAUUGUACACUACGUUUUAUGAUGCAUUGUGGGAUAAUUUUAGACACUAUUGGACUAUAAAGGGAAUAAUGAAUGAUUUGAGACACAAACUAAAGGUGUGUUCAUUUUAGCAGUUACAGAUUAAUAGGUGGAUCAUGGAUCCUGAAUGAGCCGACAUGGGCUCAGAUGCAUAGAAUCAGGGGGACCUGGACCAGAGCCAAUGGUCGAAGUGAGUCAGUGUUAAUAAUUUGAGUUGGAAAACAAAUAAAAUGACAUGAAAGACAAGCAAAAUGACUACAGGGAGAUGCAAAACAACUACAAAGAGACGCAAAACAACUAUAA